AUGAAGCGUCCAUUAAGUCCUGACCACAUCAUUGAAGAUGGGAUCAUGAAUCAGCCAGCUGUUCUACGGGCCUUUGAAGAAAAAGGACUGAGGAAUGACAAACAGGAUUAUCAAUUAAGCAAAGAAAAAAAGAAGAUACUUUUUUCCUUCUGUGAAGUGUGCAAUAUACAGCUGAACUCUGCAGCCCAAGCUCAAGUUCAUUACAAUGGGAAAUCUCACUUGAAAAGAAUGAAGCAGCUGAAUAAUGGAAAACUCCCUACAAGGGCUCAAGCUGCUCCUGCUGCUGGGGGAGGAUCAGGGUCUUUGUGCAGCACUACUACACUUCCCACCCUUGUGCGCACACCUACCUUGAUGAUGCAGCCUUCCCUGGAUAUCAAACCCUUUAUGUCCUUCCCUGUGGACAGCAGCUCUGCUGUUGGAUUCUUCCCAAAUUUUAACACAGUAAGUAAAGGUGUUUCCACAUUUAUGCAGCACUGCCAAAUGGAUCCUGUGCAAAAAGCAGUCAUAAACCAUACAUUUGGAGUGUCCAUUCCCCCAAAGAAGAAGCAAAUAAUUUCCUGUAAUGUCUGCCAGCUUCGUUUUAACUCUGAUAGCCAGGCCGAGGCCCACUACAAAGGAAGUAAACAUGCCAAGAAGGUCAAAGCACUAGAGGCAACGAAAAACAAACCCAAAGCUGGUUCUUCCAAGGACAGCGCAAAGGUUAACACGGGCUGCUCCACCACGCCAGUCACAGCCAGCAUCUCUGACAAAUCAGAAGAUAAAGGGAAAGAAAAACUCAACGGUGCAAGUCAGCAGUCCAAUACAGAAGUGGAUCCUUUUCUUCCCAAACCUGGAGUGGCACCUGCAGCACCUGCCUCCUCCUCCAAGAGCACGAAUGGAGCUGCUAACACAGUUACUGAGUCAGAAGAGGAAAAAGCCAAAAAACUACUUUACUGUUCAUUAUGCAAAGUGGCUGUGAAUUCCCUUUCACAACUAGAAGCCCACAAUACAGGCUCCAAGCACAAGACCAUGGUUGAAGCUCGGAAUGGUGCUGGUCCCAUCAAGUCUUAUCCUAGGCCUGGAUCCCGAAUGAAGGUGCAGAAUGGCAGUAAAGGCUCAGGACUGCAGAACAAGACGUUCCAUUGUGAAAUCUGUGAUGUCCACGUUAAUUCAGAAAUUCAGCUUAAGCAGCACAUUUCCAGCCGAAGGCAUAAGGACAGAGUUGCAGGAAAACCUAUGAAGCCUAAAUAUAGUCCUUACAACAAACUGCAACGCAACCCAAGUAUUUUAGCAGCAAAACUCGCAUUCCAGAAGGACAUGAUCAAGCCUCUGGCACCUGCUUUCCUCUCAUCUCCUCUUGCUGCAGCUGCAGCUGUAUCAUCAGCUCUGUCCCUCCCUCCCCGGCCCUCAGCAUCCCUGUUCCAGGCACCAGCAAUUCCACCAGCUCUCCUCAGGCCAGCCCACGGACCCAUCCGGGCAACGCCUGCCUCCAUACUCUUUGCACCAUACUGA